AUGUGCGUGAAGAACACAAUAGUGGCUCUUAUCAAAAGCCUCGACCGUGUCAAGUUCUCGCCUUUGCAAGGGGGGCAUGUACAGAGGAUCCGACCAUGCACACCACCAGGAUCGGGCCUUGGCGUAGGCCCAACCGAGAGCUUUGAAGCGCCCCUGUUGACUGUUGGUAGUUGGAUAACGUUCCACGCUCUUGGCUAUUUUGUCUUUGGCCAAAUUCUGAAGUAUCGCCUGAGCGAACGGAGACGAGGGUCCGUCUGGGAAAAUAUGUUCAAGGAGGCAAAACUCGGCGUCACCAAUGGCACCCGUCCAGCGUAUGAGUGCAUCAACAGCGUCAACCUCCAUAUGGACCAUGGGCACCUCUGCAACAAAAAGAAAUUCACUUCCAUCGAUAUCAAGGACUCGUGA